UUCAUUAAGAAGAUGUUAGCAGAAAAUUGUUUUUUUGUAUAGAAAUCAUGGGAUCUGUGACAAAAAUACUUCCGUUGCUGUGCAUAGACCAAUUACAAGAAAGAUUGUUACUCAAAUUUCUAACCAAAACCAACCUUGUCAAGUGGAAACUAAGAAGCCAGUACAGAAUUCAUCAACGAUUAUGAUUGAAAAAGUAUCAAAUAAGGUCAUUAUAGAUGUAGAUGAAUAUAGAGCAGAUAGUUCCUUCUCCGAUCCAAUGUUUGUGAAGCACACUGAAACAAUUAUUGAUGAAGUCGAAAUCUUCGAGGAUAUUGACUUAAUGGAAGAGGAAGUUGAGAUGGAGGAUAUUGUUGAAGAACUCAUUCUGGAUAUUGAUAGUUGCGACUCAAAGAACACACUUGCAGUUUUAGAUUAUAUCGAUGAUAUAUAUGCUCACUACAAGAAAACUGAGAAUUCUAGCUGUGUAUCUCCCAACUAUAUGGUUCAACAAUCCGACAUCAAUGAGAAGAUGAGGGUCAUCCUAGUUGAUUGCUUAAUCGAGGUGCAUUAUAAAUUUGAGCUCAUGGAUGAGACAUCAUUCCUUAUGGUUAACAUUAUAGCCAGAUUCUUAUCCCACCAAACUGUGGAAUGAAAGAAACUUCAGUUGGUCGGAAUUAUAGCCAUGCUUUUAGCAUGCAAGUAUGAGGAAGUUUCAGUACCGGUUGUAGAUGAUCUUAUUCUAAUUUCUGACAAGGCUUAUACAAGGAAGCAAGUUCUUUCUAUGCUUGAGCUUCUCUCCUUUUUCUUGAUCGAGCUAUCCUUGGUUGAUCAUGACAUGCUUAGGUUACCACCAUCUCUGUUAGCUGCUGCAGCCAUCUACACUGCUCAGUUUACUCUUAACAGGACUAGACAUUGGAGUAAGACCACAGAGUGGCAUUCAUAUUACUCAGAAGAUCAAUUACAAUAAGUGAUAACUUCUUCCUGAACACACCGAAUUCCUUGUUUUUUCUUUGGAAAUUCGACAGGAUGGUUGCAGGUGGUUCUGGACUCGGAACAGUGAUGGAGUGGAACACAAAGACUCCCUUGUAGUGGUAUUGAGAGAAUUUAGUCAUGUUCAGUGGGAAAGUAAAUGAAAUUCCUAAGGCUUCGCAGCAACCUACUGACUGGGGUGUUGAAGGAGACGACGGAGGGAAUUGAUAAUGGGUAUUUCUGUUCUCCGCCUGGUGGUGGGAGAGAUGGUGCUAGUGGUGGUGGUCAUUCUGGGUCUGAUUUGGGAAAUAGGUCUUCGUCUAAAAGUUCUAUAUCAGCAACUAUUGAUUCUUCAGGGAAAGUA